UGGACUAGUGGGGGAGGGACGGCUGAACCAAUCACAGAAAGACUGCUGCAGCUUUCCCUCCAAAAGGAACCAAUCAGAUGUUGUUGCUUGGAUUCCUUUGUCUGGAAGUUUCCAUGUGGAAGCUUCCAGAGUCUUUUCUGUUGGUCUGCAGGCUGAGCAGAACUGACUCCUGCAGGAUCACAGGAACUUUCAGGGAAAUCUCAAAGCAGGAGAAAAGUUUCUGUUUGGAGCUUUUUGCUGUGAUUGUGAGACUAGCAGAUGAUCGGAGCUGCUGCUGUUCAGAGGACUUUGGUGUUUGUUGGAGCUGAAGAUCUUCUGCAGCUGCAGGAACCAUGUCUUCAUUUGAUCAGAAAGAUUCUGUUAGAGAACAACUUUCUGCUGCUGAAGAAACCUUCAGACUCUGUGAAGGAACCAUCGUCCAGAAUGAGAAUGAGGAGCUCUGUGGUCAGCGCAGACUGAUGGAUAUCACCUGGAACCCGCAGCUUCAGCUCCACAUUGCAGUCCUCCCCCAGCAUUGGGUGACUGAAGAAGAAGAUCUCUGCAACCAGAAGAGGAACUUCAGAGAGGAACAAGGGGAUCUAGAACCUCCACAGACUAAAGAGGAACUGCAUGAACCAGAAGCUCCACAUAUUAAAGAGGAACAGGAGGAACCAGAACCUCCACAGAUUAAAGAGGAACAGGAGGAACCAGAACCUCCACAGAUUAAAGAGGAACAGGAGAAACCAGAACUUCCAUGGGUUAAAGAGGAGCAAGAACACAUUUACAUCAAUCAGGAUGAAAAGCAGCUUGAUCUGAAGCAGGAGAUUGAUACAUUGAUGGAGAUUCCCUCUUAUGAGGAAAUCAUUCACAGUGAAGCAGAUCUAAACAAAGAGAAGAGCUUCAGUGUAACUGAGAUACAGGAUGAAGAAGGAAACCAAAAUGAAGAAUCAACAUCAACUACAGAAAGAGAGAGAGACCCACAGAACAGAAAUCAGUGGAAGAAAAGAGACAGAAGUCAUGUCCAAAGUGUGGACAACUCUCACAUGUCAGAAAGUCAGUGUGACUCUGAUGUUGGAAAAAAAUCCAAGAAGAAAACUUCAGCAGAGAAGCACAAAAAAUCUCUGAAAGAAAAGAGACUUUCCUCUGUUAAGUCUGGUGAAAGAAAAAUAAUUGCAAACAAUGUGACUGCGCACAUGAGAGCUGAGCCAGAUGUAAGACCUUAUGUCUGUAAAGAAUGUCAUGCAAAUUUUGGUGACUUCUCUCAAUUCAUAAAUCACAUGAGAAUUCACAGAAGAGAGAAGCCUUUUUGUUGUCAAAUAUGUUUUAAAAGUUUUAGUCAGAUGUCAUCUCUCAAAAGACACAUAAGGACUCAUACAGGAGAGAAGCGUUUUUGUUGUCAAAUAUGUUAUAAAAGUUUUAGUCGGAUGGCAUCUCUCCAAAGUCAUAUAAGGAUUCACACAGGAGAGAAGCCUUUUUGUUGUCAAGAAUGUGAUAAAAGCUUUAGUGAUCUAUCUUGUUUUAAGAGACACACGAGAAUUCAUACCAAAGAGAAGCUUUUAUACUGUCAAGAAUGUGAUACAAGUUUUCGUCAAAUAUCUGAUUUCAAUACACACCUGAGUAUUCACACAGGACAGAAGCCUUUUUGAUGCCAAGAAUGUGAUAAAAGUUUUAGUGACCAAUCUGUUUUCAAAAGACAUAUAAAAACUCAUAAAAGAGAGAAGCGUUUUUGUUGUCAAGAAUGUGAUAAGUUUUAGUGACCUAUCAGGCUUCAGAAGACAUGUGAGAAUUCAUACGGGAAGGAAGCCUUUUUGUUGUCAAGAAUUUGAUAAAAGUUUUAAUCAAAUAUCUAAUCUCAAUAAACACAU